GAUAUUCAUUCGAUGCUUCCCUCCCAAAAUGUUGAGACAGAGCACGAGCUUCCGGACUCCGGUCCACCCACUUCGCUAAGUCAAGAAUGCAUUCAAACAGUCGACUUUGCUUCACAGCAAGAUGAAUGUGCAAACAACGGUGUUUCUAUGGCUGCGCAAGAAGAUGCCGCCUCUGUCUGUGCAGGCCAAGUUCAAAGCUCUUUUUCCACAAUUCCAAGCGAUGGGCCUGGCGUCGGUCGCAGCUGUUCUGCACCCAAUCUCAAGACGAAUGCAGGGAACAGCUCAAAUACUUCGUUCAUGGAGGGAUGGCCAUCAUCCAGCACAUCACUUACACCUUCCCCGUCAACAUGGUCAUUUCAGAGCGUUGAACAUCUAUCUGUACGCAGACCAAACCCAAAGCUGGCACAUACACGGCGCCAUGAAGGGCAUGAAGGGCACAUUACUACAUCACAGUCCUCGCGAGAUUUGAAUUCGAAUUCAACUACAUCCACGCCUACGCACAAGCGAUCUGCCCAACUGUCUGAUGGCACACGACUUUGGACGCUCAUGGACACUGUGCCUGGUCUGCUCGGAACGAGAAAACACCUUGAAGGUCUCCGAGAAAUGAAGAAAUCCAAGCUCUCGCUCGUCAUCCCAAAAGACGCAUCUGGCAACGAUCUUUUUGACAGGAAUGCCAUCACGGAUCGAGACACUUCAUUGUUGAUUCUCAUGACCCUCAUUGAGCAGUUCUCUCUUCCUCCGGAUGCCACAACGGAACGACUAGUGAAGCCCUUUAACUUCACCGUAAAUAUGCUUCACUGCUGGCGCGAUACCGACUCAUUUCCUCCGAUGCCAGUCACCAUAACGCUCUCCCAGCUUGCAACACAAGUCCGCAUUUGGCAGCACACCAACACCUAUUUUCCCCUACCCGUCGAAUACACGCUUCUCCAUGCACGCUGGGCCGACAUAAUCGACACACACCUCAUCCCCGAAUCCAUCCCAAUCGAAUUCAUCACUCGCACUAUCUUCAACGAACUCAUCCACCCUGCCCUCAAACCCGAAGACCUCGCCCUACGCAUCCAAGCACUCCAGCAAAAGAUCGCCUCAGGCGACCUCCCUCGCUGCCCUCCCGCCCCAAUCAAGCCUCCCGCCCACCCAGUAAUUUCACGGCUCCGCACGCACCAAACCAUCGAAUACAAGAUGCCCGCGCCCACUCACCCAAAUGCCCUUUACGCCCGCCGCUUCUCACACAAGUCCCCGCUCGGUGAGGUCCAGGAUCUCGAGCUGGGCCAUGGCGGCAGCAAACACGACCCCUGGUUCGAUCCGUCCAAGAGCCAGCAGCAGGGCCAUAAGAUGCACAGCGUGCGUAAGGCGAUCCAAGACGGGAGGAAUAAGUACAGAGGGAAGAGGUGCGUGCUCUGGUUCAAAUGGAUCGGUGCUGUUUCCGUCGUCCUGGCGAUCGUUGGGGGGCUUUUGUUGGCUUGUUCUUUUAAUAUUGGAAGGAAGGGUAAUGAGGUUUGGGGGAAGUGA